AUGGCUACUCAUUUCAUCAGCUCCACUCUAGUUCUUGCCACCUUCCUCCUCUUUGUCUCUCCUCCCGCCGCGGUGGCUCAAGUUAUUAACAUAUUCGACAUGGACGCCGAACCAGUGCAAGCCGGCAAAUUGUACUACAUUCUCCCAGUGGUUCAACGCCAAGGGGGUGGCAUAUCAACCGCACCUAAAAACAAUGAAUCAUCAUGCCCACUCUACGUGGUCCAAGAGAAAGACACAACGUCUUUUGGCCUCGCGGUAACAUUCAACCUUGCGCUACCUAAUACCACCAAUGUUACUUUCUCUGCUGACAUGAACAUUGUCUUUGGCGAAGCCAUCAACUGUGUUGAAUCUCCUGUAUGGACGUUGGCACUCGACGAACCCACCGGAAGGCGGUAUGUGGCUCUUGGAGGUCUAGGUAUGGCUCGAGGGCCGAAAGCAGUGAAUAAUUGGUUCAGGAUUGAGAGUUGCGGAGAUUUGGGUGUUUUUGUUCGGGAUGAUGGGACUUGGGUUUUGGGCGUUGGUGCUCCACCUUUGAGAAUUAAGUUUAAGAAAGCUUAA